UAUAUAUAUAUAUAUAUACUUAUGGUAGGUGCCGAAAUUGGCGUACCUGUCAACUGGGUACAGCUAAACGAAUCGCAAUGGUACAAGGUGGAAACAUCGAAAAAUUAUACCUACUACUAUAAUAGGGAAACAAAGGAGUCUUCUUGGGAAAUACCAAAUUUAGAAGUCAAGGAAGCGGAGUCUACUCCAGAACCGAAAGAUGAGAUUCCGCAGGCUCAUAUAGACGAAUACAAGGCACUAAUUAAAAGUUUUAAUCUGCCUAACCAUGCCCAGUUUGAGCAGAUCCUUCCACGGCUGUUAACCAACGAAGUAUUCACCAGGAUACCUCAGGCACAUAGAAAACGGCUCUUUAACUCCAUACGCAGAGAACUACUCGAGGAACGUACUAGGAAUACUGCAGAUGAUGCCAAUCUGGUACGUAAUAUCCAAAUUGAGCAGCUCAAAAAGGAAGAAAAAAGACAACGAGAACUUGAACAUUUGGUAAAUACAGCUUCAAAAUAUCGCAUUAAAAAUGGUGGAAACAAAGAAAAAUCUGAUAGUAAUGGUCACUCUAGGGGUAUCCAUGCGCAGGAAAUGGCAGAAACGGCCUUCAUGAGUCUGCUCCAUGAGAAGGUCAAGCAACCAUUUUGCAAUGGAAGAGUCGAGCCAAUACCAUAUGAAUUGAUUGAUUCUGACCCUCGCAGUAAAAGCGAGUAUUUGAAGAAUAAACAGGAGAUUUAUCGUAAAUUCACAGACAAAUUCCUGGACGCCAGAAUAGAGCUGUUUGACGAAAAAUUGCAACAACUUCCAGACUCAUGUUUAAACUCGGACCUUAAAAAGAAACAACAACUCAUGGAGUCCUUCAAGGUCAUGCUAAGACAGACGAUCUCGUACAAGAGCGGAGACAAGAAGAAGAUUCUAGAAGAAUCCAAGAAGACCCUUUCCCAAGAUCAAAGGUACCAGAGACUGGAAGGAUUCCCCAAGGAACGAGAUGACCUUAUACUCGAAUGGUUGAGUGAACUGGAAGAAAACCACAGAAAUGUUAAAUCUAUUGUGUUAGAAGAUGAAUAA